GUGACAAUGCCAACACAACAUCAAGAGUAGGCUACACUGGACCCACUGCACCAUUAUCAUAAAAAACUAUGAUUUAGAGAGCGACCUGCGUCGUACAAAAACAUAUGAUGGAUCUCCAUAAUCUUCUGGACUGCAGGUGGAUCGUUGUUUUCCUAAUCGGAUUUAUCCGCGUGUGUUUUCGCGGAGACGCGCAUCUGAAGGUCUAGCGCUGCUGCACUCUUCACUUGUGUAUGGAUUUGACUCAGCUCAUUUAAUCGAGAGAUCACAGAGCUGGAUUAUCAUUCAGGUGAACCCUGGAUACGACAUUAUACUUUGCGUUCCCACAAUGUAUGGAAUAAAUCAGCGCUGCUUGUACAUCUCUUUGCACUUCUUCGUGGUGUGGUGUCACGCGCAGGGGGAGAAGAAUCACCCUUCUCCUAAUUUUAAGCAGUAUGUGAGGGAACAGGGCUCGGUGACGGACCAGCUGAGCCGGCGGCAGGUUCGAGUCUAUCAGCUGUACAGCAGGACCAGCGGCAGACACGUGCAGAUCCAGGGCAGGAGAGUGAGCGCCACCGCCGAGGACGGGAACACUUUCGCCAGACUUUAUGUGGAGACGGACACCUUCGGAAGUCGUGUUCGGAUCAAAGGAGCAGAAAGUGGCAGAUACCUGUGCAUGAACCGCAGGGGGAAACUAGUGGGCAAGCCUAAUGGCAGAGGAAGGGACUGCAUCUUCACAGAGAUCGUCCUGGAGAACAACUACACUGCUUUCCAGAACGCUAAAUACGAGGGCUGGUACAUGGCCUUCAGCAGAAAGGGUCGGCCCAUCAAGGCUUCCAAAACCAGGGAGAACCAGCGGGAAGUUCACUUCAUCAAGCGCCUCCACAAAGGACCGCUCCCCUUCCCAAACUCAGACCAACCCAAACACUUUGAUUUCAUCAGCUUUCCACCGACCCGACGGGCAAAACGCAACAGAAAACCCCACUCUGCUUCCUAACACCACGCCAAACAAACCCAUCUGACUGUUUUCCUGUGAAUAAAAAGAAGAGGCAGCUUUAUUUUUAUAUAUUUUCUUAGUAAUGGACUUGAAAAAGCCAACAACACUGAAUGGAUGCUCAUUGGGGUGACUUGUAAAUAUGGUAAGAUAGUAAAAGAGAACGUAUAUAUUUAAUUAUAUGUGGUAUUUGUACGUGUUUUAUGUUAGCAUUUUGUAAAGACUUUAAGACAAUAUGCUCAAUAUUAAACACAAUAAAAUAGCAAUUUCCAUUUGAGGGCAUUAUAAAUGUAAAAUGAAAUAUAAAAUCAACAUCAGUUUCAACCGAA